AUGCCCGCCCGCCGGCUCGCCGCCCCGUGCCUGCUCCUGCUCCUGCUCCUGCUGCUGGAGCCCGGCUCGUGUCAGGAAGCCCGGGGUAACCUCCAGCCAUGGUCACAAGGUGUCAUCGCAGUGGUUGUGUUUCUAGUCCUGGUGGCCAUCGCUUUUGUGGUCAAUAAGUUCUGGUGUAAGGAGAAAGAGGAAAACGUCGAGGCAGUGGUGAGCAUCGGAGACAAGCAGGAAGUUGUCCUGUCCAAUGGCCAUGAAGGGAGAUAUGUAACAGCAGCAGCUGACUUCAGGUCCAAAGAGAGCCAGCAUGCCUAUGAGAACCCCUUGGAGCCUGAAGAGAAGGUGGUCACCACUGCAAUGUAGCACAUGCUCGGGCGAUCAGCCCUCAUUCGUCCUCUCCACCCCUCACUUUUCUUCCCCCUGUCAUGAUGGGCAUUUUCACAGGGACCCUCUGCACUGACUUCUCCCAUACAUGACGGCUGCUUUGACCUCUCCACGUCACCUUUUUCUGACUUUCUCCCUUACCUUGUCCCAUGUGCAGGAUGGCUCAUGUUCUUCUGCCUCUUAGCAAGGCUCCUUAGAGGCUGUUAUCCAUGCAGGGCUCUGUCUCCGGGAGAGUGAGACCUCUCCUGCUGUGGGAUCACCAGACCCUGUAGCUCAGGCCAAUCUUUCCCGAUCCCUGCGGAGCUGUGGGGAUGCUGACCUGCUCUAGAUAUGGCCACAGGCCUGGAGCCAAUCAUGGGAGUCUCAUUUUGGUUGCAUGGGACUGUGUCAACCCUGGAGGCAUUUCAGGAUUCCCACCCUGCCUAACCCACAGAGGGAAGGGGAGGGGAUGUCCGAGAGUGCAGCGCAACCGAAGCCCUGGGACCGAUGCAGAGAGAGGGCAGGAGAAACCCAUCCUCCUCUACACCCCUCUAGGCACAGGAGAGUCUGGUCCUGAGUCAUGGCUGCCUCUACCUGACUGCAUCCCCAGCAGCCCCAGGGCUGGUUGUCCCUUCACUGACACAUUGCCCCUGUCACCUCUUGUUACUAGCUCUUUUGGGGACCUGGCUGCACUGGAUAUGGGGCCAAAUAGGGCAGGGGACUCCCUCUGCCCUCCCCCCUAUCCCAAGCCAACCUCCUGGGAGCUGCCAAUUGAAAUCUUCUUUCUCCAUAUUUCACCCUCUUUUGGACAACUAAAGGACCUGAACUGAGCAUUUUAAUUUCAGAAUAAAUCAUUUCCUCUGUAUAUAUCGUCCCUGUGAGCAA